AUGGCGAUCGAAAGUAUCCCUGAAAUCCCUGGAAUCGACAGCUCAAACGGUUCAAGAAAUGUAACGACGUCGUCGUCCAACAACCGUUCGGCCUUGAACUGGCCGUUCCGUGGCCACUCACUAUCAUCUGGGCAGCAUUCCGCCCAGCACUCUGCUAAGCACUCAGCGCAGCACUCCGCCAAACUUUCACAGAACUCUUUCGCACGCUCGCACUCCUCCUUUGGACGCCGUAACAGUGGUUGGAUUAACUUGAGACCCGCCUCAAGUGUACUUGGGAGCGACAUCAUCCCUGACUAUGUAGUCAACUUCCUCCGGGGCGAGACCCCAGAGUCUCUCGCCAAGAAGCGGGAGAAGGAGGAAGCCGGGAGAGCGGAGAACGAGGCGCAUGUCCUCAGCGACCGGUUUAGUGGUUUCGAUUUCUUCUCGCAGUCGAGGUCGGGUUCCCGGGCAGGAGAUGUGGAAGGCAUGCUGGCAGCCGGGGAGGGACAGCAAGGAUUUGCAAGGAAGAUGAUGACAGGAUGGCGAGCAGGAAUUGUGCUCAUCAUCUUCCUUGGCCUUCUGAUCCUCGUGGGCACUAUCGUGUGCCUGGUGCUCGCGGUCAUCAACAACUUUUUGACGGCCGAGGAAAUGGCCGUAGUCACCAAAGACUGCGCUGAAAUUGGGCGGAUCGACCAAGGAAUCCAGGCCGCCGUCAACGUCCUGUCUCUGUUCUUUAUCGCAAGCGCGACAUAUGUGUCGCAAGUUCUCGUCAGCCCGACCCGGGAGGAGGUGGAUGCCGCUCAUGCCAAGUUUAGCUGGUUCGACAUUGGUAUUCCGACAUUGAAGAACUUUGGCGGCAUCUCUACUCUCCGCACGGUGCUCGCCCUCACAGCCGUCUUCCUUGCCGUCGGCUCCCAAAUAAUCUAUAAUUCUCUCAUCUUCACCGAUAUUGGAACGUCGAAGGCUAACGAUGAAACUUGCUCUCUUAUUCUCAAUGGCCCCAUCCUUGGGGCCCUUGCUGUUCUCAAUCUUCUGUUUAUCUUAGUAUUGGCCCUGGCCCUGGCCACAACCUCGACCCACAACCCCCUUGUAACUUUGGGCGAUGCUCUUAGUUCUUUCCUCGCGGAUCCCGACUCGACGACCCAGGGCGCAUGCCUCCUGUCCAAAGCCGACAUCAAGACAGGCUUGUGGGCGAACGGAGAGAUCAAGUCUAAGUACUGGUUCAACGAGCCACACCGGUGGUAUCAGACCCCCUCGCGAACGAGGUGGCUGAUCUGGGCCGUCAUCUGGCUGCUCUCUGCGGGUAUGUCAGCGGCGAUGCUCAGCGUGGUCAUGGUGGACAACUCGAAUGCCGCCUUCCAGGCCCUCGAGACCCCCACGAAGACGUACAUCCUCUCCAAGGGGAUCCCCUCAGCCGGUGUUGGGGUUCUGCUCGCCCUUCCGCACCUCAUUCUCGCGGCCCUCUACUUCUCGACCAACGCCAUGCUCAGCGUGCUCUACCUCUCACACGAGUUCGCCAAGUAUGCCGAGGAGGCCAUGGCGCUUCGGGUGUCUAGCUAUCCGUUUGGUCUGCAGAGGGCCUCUCUUUACAUUACCCUUCCGCGACCCAUUUCGUGGAUCUUAUUCUUUGUAUUCGCAGCCAUGGGAUUCAUGCUGAGCCAGGCCUUCAACCUUGUCAAGGUUGAUGACGGCUAUGUGCUUGGAAUGAACCCACUGCCCACAGUCAUUCUACUCGCCCUGGUAGCCGCCACUGGUCUCCUUGUCCUGGGCAUGUCCCUUCGGCGGACCGACUUCCCACCGGCAGAGGGCGAGGAAAACAGGACGGCGAACCCCCUGAUCCUGCCUGGAGGUUCCUGCUCUGCCGUGUUGAGUGCUCGAUGCCACCGGGGGACGCGCGAGGGUUCAGGGAUGGUGGCCCAGGUAUUGGGAUGGGGAGUGAUCCAGGAAAACUCUGAUCCCAAGGUCGGACACGCAGCCCUGUCAGGCCUGCCAGUUGAGCCAAUGAAGGUUGGCAAGGCAUACGCCUAA